AUGAUCCUCCGCGACGUGCGCGUCACCGUGGGCGACCGCGACCUUCUCUCGGGCGCGAACCUCCGCGUCGAGCCCGGCGAGUGCGUCGGCCUCGUCGGCGCGAACGGCUGCGGGAAGAGCACGCUGCUCCGAUGCGUCGCGGGCGCGCGCGAGGUGAGCGGCGGCGACCUCCUCGUGUCGCCUCGCGCGGACGUCGGCUACCUGGAGCAGACCGCGGUCAGCGGCUCCUCGCGCACGGUCGCGCAGGAGGCGCGGAGCCGCAUGACGCACGUCAUCGACGCGGAGAGCGCGCUUCGAGCCGCGGAGGAGGCGAUCGCGGCGGGGGACGUCAACGGCGCGACGAUGAUGGUCGCCGCGCGCGAUCGCUUCGAAGCGAUCGGCGGCGACGCCGUCGAACGCCGCGUCGCGGACGUCCUCAACGGCCUCGGGUUCGCGAGAGAGGCGUGGGAUCGCCCGUGCGACGCGCUCUCGGGGGGGUGGCAGAUGCGCGUCGCGCUCGCGCGGCUGCUGCUGUCCCCCGCGGGGGACUGCCAGUCGGGGGGCGGCGUCAACGGCGGCUUCCUCCUCCUCGACGAGCCGACGAAUCAUCUCGACGCGAGCGCGAAGGAGUACCUCGCGGGGUGGCUCAGGGCGUACAAGGGCACGACGCUGCUCGUGUCGCACGACGAGGCGCUGUUGGAGAAGGGCGUCGAUCGGUUGAUCGAAGUCAGAGGGGGAAGGUUGCGCGGGUACUCCGGGAACUACUCGAAGUUCGUUGAGGAACGGAGCGAGCGGAGACGAGUCAAUCAGGCGGCGGCGACGAAGGAAAAAGCGAAAGCCGCGAAGCUCGCGCAGUUCGUCGCGAAGAACAGCGCGAGGGCGUCGACCGCGGCGGCGGCGCGGUCGCGCGCGAAGCAACUCGAGGGCGUGAACGCGCGCUUAGAGGAGAUGCGCGAGGAUGGCGAUUUAGACGACAAGGCGCUCGGCGCCGGCCCGGGGGACGCGAAACGCGUGACGCUGCGAUUGCCGCCGGCGCCGGACGGCGCGAAGGAGGUCCUGACGCUGACGAACGCGACGAUCGGGUACGGCGGCGGGCUCGCGCCGCUCAUCAAGGACGUCGAUUUGGUCGUGCGGCGGGGCGACCGGCUGCUCGUCGUCGGCCCGAACGGCGCCGGGAAGUCGACGCUGCUGCGAAGCCUCGGCGGGUCGCUGCGGCUGCAGGGCGGCGUCUUGGCGCACGGCGAGGGCGCGCGCGUGGGGUACUUCUCGCAAGACCUCGCGCAGGAGCUCCCGUCGGACGUUUCGCCGUUGACGCACGUCCUGAAAGUCGCGCGCGCGGCGAAUCCGACGCUGAACGAGCAGACCGCGCGGUCCGUCCUCGGCGCGUUGGGUUUAGGAGGAAACGCGGCGAAGGACCGCGUCAUCGGCGACUUGAGCGGCGGCGAAAAGGCGCGCGUCGCGCUCGCCGCGUUCGUCCUGCGCCCCGUGAACGUGCUUCUGCUGGACGAGGCGUCGAACCACCUCGACGCCGCCGCGAUCGAGGCGCUGACGGAGGGGUUGCGAGAUUGGGACGGCGCCGUCGUCGCGGUGACGCACAACGAGGCGUUCGCGGACGCGUUGGAGCCGACGUUUGUCGCGCGCGAGAUUCAGAGAGAGAAGGACAAAAAGACCGAGAAGCAGACGUUGUACUACGAGGAGUGGGAGCGAUUGGAGGCGGUGAUGGAGGAGGCGAAGGCGCACGGCGGCGGCGCGUAG